AUGGAGAAGGGGCCCUUCUCAGUGGAGUGGCUGGCCCAGAGCAGCCUCGGCGGAGCCAGGGAGAUGCCCGGUGAGUCCCGGCCGUGCCCUCUGGGUCCCCCCGCGCAGCGGCGGGCGGGGCACGGCCACCACUGUGUCACCGCCCGCGGGGCCCGGGGCCCGCCGAGGGAAGGGUCCCCCGAAGGGUCCCCCCUUCAGACGUCCCCAUCUGUCCCCGCAGAGCUGCCCCGGGAGCCGGAGCGCCGCAGCCCCGGGCACGAAGCGGUGGCGGCGGGGGCCGCGCCCGGGCGGUCCCGCACCAAGUUCUCGGCAGCGCAGCUGCAGGAGCUGGAGCGCAGCUUCCGCGAGCAGCGCUACAUCGGAGCCGGGGAGAAGCGGCGCUUGGCCGCCGUGCUGAACCUCUCCCAGAGCCAGAUAAAAACGUGGUUUCAGAAUCGUCGUAUGAAGUUCAAACGCCAGACUCAAGAUGCCAGGAUAGAAGCUCUUUUCUCGGGCUUGUUUCUGCCCUAUCAUUACUCAGACAUGGCUACAUCCAGCUAUCCUCAUGGAGUGGAUGUCAAUGUCUCUGCUACUGCUGCUGUUUCCCUUCACCCAGCUGUGCCAAACCCUGCCUUGUUACCUUCUGUUCCAGCUCAGUCUCUUCAGCCAGUUUUGCCAAGUCCAGCUUUACUAUUGCCUCCCGGGCCAGGAUUAUCUUGUUACUCUUCUGUGCUUCCAGCAGUGACUCUAACCACUGAAUUCAUAAAAGACUGA